AUGUCGCCGGUGUCGCCGCUCGAGCGCACCGACGGCGCGCGCGCGCUCGAGUCCGUCACCGCGAGCGCGAUCGACGACGCGCUCGCCGACGCGGCGCUCGACGCGGGCGGUGGAGGGACGACGGAGGAAAAGGCCGCGCGUCACGACGGGACGAUCGGCGCGCGCGUCGUCGGCCACGGCACGCGCGUCGGGUCGCCCGGGGGCGGGAGCGGGCUCAUCAAGGAUGCGCUGCGACUGGUGACGAAGAAGACGAGGGACGGCGCGACGCGGGCGGAGAUCGCGCGCGUGGACGAACAGCUGAGCUUUGAUAAGGGGUUUUAUCUGACGAUACGCGCGAUACAGCUGCUGAAGGCGUCGGCGCCGGAGAGGACGAUCGUGGUGGGCGUCGCGGGGCCGAGCGGGGCGGGCAAGACGGUGUUCACGAGUAAGAUUCAAGAGUUCAUGCCGGGAGCGGUGACGCUGUCGAUGGACAUGUACAACGACUCGAGCAUGCUGCUGGAGGGGAACUUUGACGAUCCGAGGUUGACGGAUUACGCGUGCCUGUUGGAGAAUUUGAAAGGGUUGAAGAACGGGGAGACGGUGGAGACGCCGGUGUACGAUUACAAGGAGAGUAAACGGACGGGUUACGUGACGGUGCCGUGUCCAGCGUCCAAGGUUGUGAUUUUAGAGGGUAUAUACGCGUUGAACGAAAAGCUACGACCGAUGUUGGACCUCAGGGUGAGCGUCACGGGAGGGGUGCACUUUGAUUUGGUCAAGCGCGUUUUGCGCGACAUUAAUCGAAGCGGUCAGGCGCCGGAGAGCAUCAUUCACCAAAUUAGCGAGACGGUGUAUCCGAUGUACAAGGCGUUCAUCGAGCCCGAUCUUCGCACCGCGCAUUUGAAGGUGGUGAACUCGUUCAACCCGUUCGCUGGGUUUCAAGAUCCGACGUAUAUUUUGAAAUCCGACCGCGUCCCCGACGAGGCGCGCAUCCACGCCGUCUUGGGCAAGGAUUGCCAAGUCACGGACGAAAUCGAGACGGCGGAUAUUUAUCUGUUGCCCCCGAACGAAGACCCCGAGACGUGCACUUCUUGGCUCAGAAUGCGUAAUCGCGACGGGCACUACACGCUAAUGUUCGCCGAGACGGUGACGGAUGGGCCGAUUAUGAUUUCGCCGCGCAUCAAGUUUGAAGUCGGCGUUCGCAUUCUCGGCGGUCUCAUGGCCCUCGGCUACGUCGUCGGCGCCAUCAUGAAACGUCGAAGCAAAGAGUACAGCGACGACUUACUGACGAUCAAGGUCGAUUGGGUCGAAGGCCUCGAUCGAUCCUUUGUUCAAGUGCAAGGGCGCCUGCGCUCCGCGGUGGAGGAGGCGGGGAAAAAGCUCGGUCUCAACGGCACCUACAUCGCGCACUCCUACAUCGAACAAGUUCAGCUUGAGCAGCUCACGAAAGAGCUCUCAUCGCUCACGGAUGACUUGAAGGAACGAUUCCCGAUCACGGAGGCCAUGCUGACGUCCAACACCGAGGCUUCGGACACGUCGAGCGACGAGGUCGGAUCGCCGCACAGCGCCAACGGUCACAGUCGGCGUCGCUCGUCGCCCGGG